AUGAAAGCAACUCGUGUACUUGGAAUUAUAUUCAAUAAAGCAACUGAAAAUAUUCCACUUUCUUCUUCACUUACUGAUACACUUAUCUCGCUUACUGAAGCACUUCGAGCAAAUAGCAAAGAAACAAAAUUUAGAUUAUAUUUGAUACAAGCUAUUGGAGAAAUUAUGAUAUUUAUUGCCGGACGAACAUCUGAUAAUUCUCUUGUACCUGGUUUUACUUAUCAAAUAAUUAGUCGAUGUCUUAAAGAUGGUGAUGAUUUUGCACUUAAUCAUGCUGCAUGUAAAACAAUUGAAAAUCUUCUACUUGUCGCUGAUAAACAAGCGGAUAAAUUGGCUACACUUGAUAAUGCUCUUGCACUUUGGAAUAUCUCUAGCGUCGUUGGGAAUAAUGAACAUCUACGUGCUUCGGCAUUAGCUGCAUUAUGUCAUAUGGGUUUAUCCUAUCCAGAUGUUGUACAAUCCGUUAUUGAUAAAGUGACUAUCAAAGGCGAUAUACUUCAAUCAACAUCCUCCAAAGUUCUACAAUAUAUUAUAACACUAUUAGCUAUUUUAGCUAAACGAACAAAAAAUCGUUCAAUGCUUUUACAAGAUAUAGUACCAAAAAUGCAUGUACUUUAUGAAAAUACAAAUAUUCUAAUUCGUGCUAAAGCAUAUACGUUAACAUAUGUUUUAUUAUCUACGUAUAAUGAAAGUCUUUAUACAUUAAGUGAUACAAAACUUUUCCAAGCAAUUGAACGUGAUGUUCGUCGUACAUCAGCUGAUCCAGAUGAAAAUGAUUUAUUACAUGAAGCACUUAAUCGUUUAACAACACUUUUAUCAAGUCUUCUUACACGAACAUUAGAUGAACUUUUAUCAUCGACUGAACAAACAAGAAAAACAUCACCAGUUAAAGAUGCAUUUAAAAAAUGGUUACCAUCAUUUCGAUUAAUUUCAACUAUUAUCGGAAAUCCCGUAUGUUUUUAAACCUAAACAUAU